UAAAGGACAAGCUGUUGAAGUCACCCACGAAACGACCAACCAACCAAGAAUCGACCGACUCGGAGGAGACCUCCUUCCCCACUUCCUCUCUUACCCCAGCGAACCCCUCUCUCUCUCUCUCUCUCUCGACCACCCCUCCGAAUCCGCGCCAAACCCGUCAAAUCAAUCAGCCGCUCCCGCCUCCUCGUUCGCCUCGUCAGUCCUCUCACUCGCGGCCCGAGCUCCGGAUCGCCUGCAGCCGCAAUGGCAGCCGCCGCCUGCGACGACGCCGUCGACCAGCUCACCAACCUCCUGGACCAAGUGGAGGCGCCGCUGAAGAAGACAUUUCAGAAUGUGCACCAGGGCUAUCCAACAGAGACACUAGUGCGCUUCCUUAAAGCUAGAGAGUGGCAUGUGAACAAUGCUUACAAGAUGCUUGAAGAUUCUUUGAAUUGGAGGAUACAAAAUGAAAUAGAUAGUAUACUGGAGAAACCUAUUAUCCCAGUGGAUUUGUAUAGAUCAAUACGUGAAACACAGCUUAUUGGAUUAUCAGGAUACUCCAAUGAGGGCAUCCCUGUAUUUGCCGUUGGUGUUGGACUGAGCACAUAUGACAAAGCUUCGGUUAACUACUAUGUGCAAUCUCACAUUCAGAUCAAUGAAUACCGCGAUCGUAUUAUUUUGCCUAUGGUGACGAAGAAGUUUGGGAGGCCCAUUAGCACAUGUAUAAAGGUUCUUGAUAUGACCGGUUUGAAAUUGUCAGCACUGAACCAAAUGAAGAUUGUGACUGCAAUAUCUACUGUUGAUGAUUUGAAUUACCCUGAAAAGACUGAGACCUAUUAUAUAGUAAAUGCUCCAUAUAUAUUUUCUGCAUGUUGGAAGGUUGUGAAGCCUCUGUUGCAAGAGAGAACAAGAAAGAAGGUCCAUGUUUUGCGUGGUUGUGGGAGAGAUGAGCUUCUAAAGAUCAUGGACUAUUCUUCCCUUCCCCACUUCUGUCAACGGGAGGGCUUGGGCUCAUCCAAACAUUCAUCAAGCGAUACCGAAGAUUGCUUCUCUCUUGACCACCCCUUCCACCAAGAUCUCUACAAUUUCAUCCAGGAUCAAGCACUGAACCAGGAGCUCAUCAAGCAGGGCUCUUUGCACGUGAAAAUUCCCGAGCAGGAUCCCGAGGACGCCAAGAUUGUGGAGGUCAUCGAGGCCGAGUUCCACAAGCUCGGUGAGCAGAACGGGUCUGCCAAUGGCGUCGAUAAAGAACAGCGCUCUACAAUAAGGCCAGCCAGAUUUACCUAGACGUGACUGGGCUACUCCUGAUCAAAAUGAUGAUUCUAUAUUUGCUUGGCCACCUUAUUGUUCUUUCCUGGGGGUGGUCAUACGUAGAUGAUAAUAUAUAUAUAUAUAUAUAUAUAUAUAGCAAAUUCUUGCAGUUCCAUGAUGGAGGCCCAAGGCAAGAGAACUGAUACUGUAUGCUAGAUAGACAUAACCACCUGUCCACCUGAUGUAAACUCGCAAUGUGUCGUCACAUGUAUGCUACACUGCUACUAUGAUGAAACCAUCCUGGUACCUGCACUCUGAAAUCAUUUUAAGAAAAGUUUAGUAUUCAGUGGGAAAAUAA